AUGUGGCUCCUGAUGUGGCCCGUGGCGGCGGUCGUGGGCGCGGCGGGUGUGUGCGCGGGCCGCGUGGUGUACACCAACCAGCUCCUGCAGCGCCAGCUGCGCGUCUUCCGCGUCGCGCUGCGCGUCUUCCUCGACUACAAGCUGACGCAGUACUAUCUCACGUACGUGUGCGGCGCGCUGCUGCGCCUGCGCGUGGACGACUCAUCCCCACGCUCCGUCACCACAUGGCGGCGUGCGCACAAGCGGUGUGCGCGCAGCGUGUAUGCGGCGAUGGUGCAGCUGGAGGGGCUGUGGGUGAAGGUGGGGCAGUACCUCUCCACGCGCGCUGAUGUCAUGCCGCCGCCCUACCUGGACUUGCUGCGCCUGCUGCAGGACACUCUGCCGCCCAGAGACAUGUCUGAGGUACUGGGCACAAUAGAAGAGCAGCUGGGCAGCCCGCCCUCACAGGCCUUCUCGUCCUUCGACAACCAGCCACUCGCCACUGCCUCCAUAGCGCAGGUGCACCGGGCAGUGCUGGCGAGUGGGCAGCAGGUGGUGGUGAAGGUGCAGCACGCGGGCAUCAAAGAGAAGAUUCUGCAGGACUUCAGGAACCUGACGACGAUAGUGGAGUGGUUGGCAUGGGCGGAGCCGGAGUACGACUUCAAGCCCGUGGUGGGCGAGUGGGUGAAGGAGGUGCUCAAGGAGCUCGACUUCCGCCUCGAAGCAGCCAACCUGGAACGAGUGGCGCGCAACUUCAAGCAGCACCAAGUGGAGGGCGGCAGCACAACAGCCCCAGGCACAGGAGAAGCGAGCAGCGGUGGCCUGGUGGUGGAGGCGAGUGUGCCAGCAGUUGUGCGCGCCACAGAGCGCGUGCUGGUGAUGGAGUUCGUGCAGGGCGUGCGGCUGAGCGACCUGCCUGCACUGGAUGCGCUGCACGUGGACCGCCAGGUGCUGCUCAACCGCAUUGCACGGGCAUACGCGCACCAGAUCUACGUGGGGGGCUUCUUCAAUGCCGACCCGCACCCAGGCAACUUCCUGGUGAGCGAUGAGCCGCCCCAUCUGCCAGUGCUGCUGGACUUCGGGCUCACCAAGGCCGUUGACCACGCCAAACGCGUCGCCCUCGCCAAGAUGCUGCUUGCUGCUGCUGAGGGAGACGUGGCGAUGCUGCUGAGUGCGUUCAGUGAGAUGGGGCUGAAGCUGCGAGUGGACCUGCCAGAGGACGCCAUGGCUGUCACUGCCUUCUUCUUCCGCACUGCUGCCCCCGCGCCCGAGGCCAAGGCGGAGGUGGCGCGCAUGAGGGAGCAGUUCAAGUCGCGCGCCAAGGAGCUGGAGCAGCAGGCCAAGGCCGCGGGGGACGACGCUGCCGUGCGCCGCAACCCGGUGGACGCGUUUCCCGGGGAGCUCAUGUUCUUCUCCCGUGUGCUCGCCCUGCUCCGAGGCAUAUCAGCGACGUUGGACGUGCACCUCUCCUACAUUGACAUCAUGCGCCCCUUUGCUGAAGCCGUUCUCUGCGCCGACCACCUGAUAGGGCCGCAGCGCCUGCUGUCCCCGUCACCUGACUGGGUGCGCGGGGAGUGCGCGUCCCCCUCGCUGCACCGCAAGCUCUGUGCGCUGCUCGCCCAGCUGCUGCAGCAGGGCCGCCUCGUGGGCGUGCAGGUGUGUGCGUACAUGGGUGGCGAGGUGGUGGUAGACGUGGCAGCGGGGUUCCUGGGGCGCUAUGACCCACGUGCCGUGCAGCACGACUCGCUCUUCUCUGUCUUCUCCGCCACCAAGGGCGUCACCUCGGGCAUCAUGCACUGGCUCGCUGACAACCGGCGCGUACAGUUGGAGGGGCGAGUGGCGGACAUAUGGCCGGGCUUUGAGGGCAAGGGCAAGCAGCAAGUCACUAUAGCGGAUGUGUUGACACACCGUGCAGGGCUGCCCAACGCCAUGUCCACCAAGCUCAUGCUCGACCCCAUGCUCAUGUGCCGCUGGCAGGAGAUGCUAUCGCACCUGGCAGCGGAGGCACCAGAGUCGCCCCCGGGCACAGUGGAGGAGUAUCACUACCUCUCCUUCGGCUGGCUCGCAGGCGGCAUCAUUGAGGCAGCAGCAGGGCAGUCGUUCCAGGCGGUGCUCGAUGCAGUCCUGGCGCGGCCCCUGGGCGUGCGCGGGGAGUUCUACGUUGGCAUCCCUGCAGGAGUGGAGGCACGGCUGGCAACACUAUCCCUGGAGCGCACAGACGCACCCAACACCGCACAGGCCACAGCCAUCAGCCGCCGCCUCGCAGAGGCUGCCCGGCGGGAGGCAGCGCACAGAGAAGACGUGGAGGCAGGGGGGGCUUCUGCUGGCUCUCCCAGAGAGCACCUGGUGGAUGGCGGUGCUGAUGGGGGCCGGGAUGAAGCCGAGGAGGAGUGGGAGCUUGUGGAGGGGCGAGCGGGCGAGAGGGCAAGAGGGGGGAGCGGCAAGAAGGAAGCAGGUGGUGGGGGUGCGGUGGAGAGGGAUGCUGCUGCUGUGGCAACAGCUGAUUCUCAUGCUGGCGGUAGCAGCAGCAGCAGUGGUGCAGCACCAUCGCCUCCGUCCGCGGAGGAGCUAGCGACGAGGGCAGCAGCGCUGCCUCUGCUGUUCAACUCGCUCUUCCUGCGCCGUGCCGUCAUCCCAUCCGCCAACGGACACUUCUCCGCGCGUGCUCUUGCCCGCUACUACGCCACCCUUGCUGCUCAUGGUGUCAUCCCCCCCCUCCCGUCCUCCAGCACGCCCCCUCUCGGCUCGCAUGCUGCAGAGCCUGCUUCUGUGCUGCCAGGGAGCAAGGGAGGGAGUGGCGAUGGGAGUGGAGAGGUGACGACACUGAGUUUCACUAGGAGGGGGCAGGGCGGGAAGAAGCAGUGGGUGGCAGGAACAGCAGGGUGGGCUUGGCAGGCUCUGGCCCGUGCAAGGCAGGCUGUUGGUGCUGUUGCUGCGGGGCUGGGGAGGCGUAGCGAGAGGAGCAAGAAGAGCGACGACGACGACGACACGCAUGCAGGUGUGCAUGUGCAAGCGGACACAUGCCAUCCCUUCCUUCCUCCGCCUCAUGACGCCAAGCCCAUGGCGGCGCUGCUGCCCCUGGACUCAGGCGCCGCUGAGAAAGACAUCCCCAGCUCGGGCCUGCCAGGGCAGCGCCUCUUCUCGUCGCCUGACAUUGUCGACGCGUGCCUCGGCGUGGGGCGCUACUCGCACCUCACCCUCCCCUCCUCCUCCUUUGGCCUUGGCUUCGUGCGCUACAGGCCGCGCGCUGCUGCCGCCCCCACCGAGACCCAUGAGAGUCCAGCGGCAGAGCAGACAGCAGGGCAGGCUGGUGCAGGAGGGGUGGAUGACGGCACGCGUGGUGAGCAGACAAGCCAAGAGCACACACCAGGGUCCUCCCAGCCAACGUCAACCUCUUCCGCCUUCUUUCCCCAUGACAAGUCUCACAUGGUCCCCACCCACCACACUUCCUCAUCCACCCCCGCACACACAUCACCAGGUUCCUCCCCUGCCUGCCCGGAGCGGUCAGCGUUUGGGCAUGCGGGGUUGGGUGGGUCCACAGCCUUCUGUGACCCGCAGCACAACUUUGCCCUGGCUGUCACGGUGAACCACCUGAGUGCUCGGCACGAGGCCACGAGCGCCAUUGUCAGGCUUGUGUGCUCUGAGUUGGGUGUGCCAGUGCCCAUGCAGUAUGAUGAGCAGGGGCGUGGGCAUGAGAAUGUGCGGAGGAGCAGCAGUAGUGACAGCGGUGGUGCUGGUGGUGGGGUGCAGGACACACCUGAUUCAUUGAAUGCCUGA